AAAAAAAUCAAAGAAUAUUAAUGGAGCUGAUUUUAUACGUCAGCUUGAUUCAUAUUACACUGUAAUGAGCUCAGAAAAAAGUCCAAUAUUAUACAGAAUUUCUCGGGAUUCAGAAACCAACGAUUGCAUUUUGGUUAUGCAAUAUGCAAACGGAGGAGAUUUACGUCAAUAUUUUCAAGAUAAUUUCAGUUUGUUAAAAUUGAUUGAAGAAAUAUAUACUAAAGCUUCAGACAUUUAUUCUUUCGCGAUAAUAAUGUGGGAAUUGACUUCAGGUCAACAAUCUUUUGUUCAUUUUUCUCAUGAUGAAAAUUUAAUAAAAGAAAUUAUUAAUGGUUUACAUCCUGAAAUUAUUAAAGGAACUCCAAAAUCUUAUUUAUAUUUAAUGAUAAAAUGUUGGGAUAAUCCACCUUUAAAUAGAACAAAUAUUAAUGAAAUUAUUGAUAUUAUUGAAAAUUGGAAAAUUCAAUGGAAUUUAAAUACUGAAAUAAUUGAAGUAGCUGAAAUUGAAUUAGUAAAGUAA